AUGGGCCAAGUCUCCCUGGACACCCCGGAGCUAUUCCCAACCAAAUGUUGCCAGGAAGAGAUCCCCAUGGAGGAAGUGGUAGCGGUACUGGGGACCCGCAACAGAAAGCGAUACAUCUCCCAAGCAGAGGAACAAGCCGUCCCUCCCGAAGAGCGCAUGUACUGCCCUCGAGCAACGUGUGGACAAUGGAUACAUCCUGAUUCCAAGGGGCCGCGGCCAGGGACUCGACUGUGCACGCAUUGCCGAGCGAAGGUGUGUUGCGCAUGCCGCGACCUUGCACAUGGGCCUUGGCCGUGUGCAGAUGACGAAAGCUUGAAGACUGUGCUGGCAUUGGCGAAAGAUAAAAAGUGGCAGCGAUGUACCAAGUGUCAUUUUAUCGUUGAGAAGGUGGAUGGAUGUAACCACAUUUCUUGUCGAUGUGGUUAUCACUUCUGCUAUAUCUGCGGUGGCCGACAGAACAAAUGCAAAUGCCCGACGGAAGGAACUGGAGAAGAAUUGGCCGCAGAUGGAAAUCUGGACGUCCGCACCUUGGUUACUGCGAUGCAGCAGGCGGAUAUCCAGGAUGGGGGAAUCAGGGCGAAUGAAGGUGCUCGUUAG